CUCAUCUUCCCUCAGACCCGAACACUCUCUCUUGACCUCUUGUAAUUAAUUAAUCCCUUUAUAUUUCGACUCCAUAGCUUAUAAAUUAAUCAAGUGAUCAUGGGUUUCAUAGCCAAGGAAUUGGAGAUCGCCUCCCCCAUCCCCCCGGCUAAGAUCUUCAAGGCCUUCGUUCUCGACGCGGAUGAGCUUUUCCCUAAGAUUGUCCCCCAGGCUUUCAAGAGCGUCGAAAUCCUCGAGGGCGAUGGCGGGCCUGGGUCCAUAAAGAAGAUCACCUUCGGCGAAGCCGAACAAUUCAAGCAUGCAAAGCACAGGGUCGAUGUCCUCGACAAGGAGAAGUUUGUGUACCACUACAGCUGGAUCGAGGGGGAUGCUCUGAUGCACGUGUUCGAGAAAAUCUCGUACGAGAUCAAGGUUGAGGCAGGCCACGAUGGAGGAUCUGUGACCAAGAUUACCACCAAGUUCUUCACCAUUGGUGACGUUCACCUCAAUGAGGAGCAGCUCAACAGUGGCAAAGAGAAGGUCAUCGGUCUUUUCAAGGCCGUCGAGGACUACGUCUUGGCCAACCCUGAAUAUGCUUAAAUAUUAAUCACGAAAAUUUCAACUUUCAAGUAAAUGGGACAAUAAUUACAAAAUGUUAGGGAAAAAGAUGCGUCAUUGGUAUUUGAUGUGUCCGAUCAACUAUGUUGGCCUUGCCAAUGCUUGCAUGCAAGUUUUUCUUGAGAUUAUCUGUGCUUGUGUUUGGAAACGUUCAUGUAUGGUUAUGAAUAAAUUCGACAUAAAAUCGCCUUCUUCUUUUUAUUA